GAGGAGGAAGCAGAAGCUGAAGAUGAGGAGGCUGACGAGGAACGCUGUCUGCUGGCCAGCAUGAUCCACCUGCUGGGUUCACGACCGCGCAGCCGGCAACCAGAGGUCAACUUUGAGCUCCUGGUCAGGACGGGCAAGUGGCUCAGUUCUGCGGAUGUUGAACCGGAAAUCAUCAGGGCUGUAUUCCCGGUCAUUGUUUUUGAGGUCAGUCAUCUUCUGUCGCCUUUUUGCACACCUCUCGCUCCCUCCCCCACAACUAACUACUUUGGAAUGCCGACCUAG